AUGAAUGUCUCCAUCGCUCUGUGUUACUGCUCCGUCGUCGAAUACAUUUGUCUCUGCUUCACUUACACUUGCAGUGCUUCUAGAAUAUUUAGCAUUCACCCAAAAGAUAGUCUUGCAACAGUUGUGACAGGUAUGGGUCUCAAGGCACCGCUGGGCAAGUUAGUGCUGAUAAGACUUGUAGGGCAGGAUCUUUCCACUAGCGACAAUGUGUUUUUUACAACGAAUGAAACGGACUGUCCCUCAACGUUUUAUGCCGCGAUGUACCGGCUGUUAGAUGUGACACCUGAUAAUACUAGUGCAAUUAUAAAAGUACAAUUCGAGCCGCUAGAAUAUGGACAAGACUAUUGGUAUAUAUGUUUAAUGUUCACACCGGCAUCCAUAAGGGGAAGUACUCGCUUCACUCAGCACCAAGGAAAUAAGGAGUGGCUUAGAAUACAUGUAUUUUCAGUAACAAACGUGGAACCUCUAAUACCACUUUGGCUUCGUAUAUGUGUCUGUAUUGUACUGCUGAUAUUUUCAGGACUUUUCAGUGGAUUGAAUCUGGGGUUGAUGUCUCUUGACCCCACUGAGUUAAAAAUUAUUGAGAAAGCGGGAUCACCUCAAGAAAAACAAUAUGCCAAACGCAUAGCUCCAUUACGUAAAAGGGGCAAUUUGCUUCUUUGUUCGAUUUUGCUGGGAAAUGUACUUGUCAAUACGACGUUCACCAUUCUGUUCGAGGAAAUGACAAAUAACGUUGUUGCUGUUAUUUGCUCCACAGCUGCAAUUGUUGUCGUUGGUGAAAUUGUACCACAGGCUGUCUGUUCGCGGCAUGGCUUAGCGGUCGGGGCUAAAACUUACUGGAUUACUGUUCUGUUUGUUAUUAUUACAUUCCCUGCUGCCUUUCCGAUUUCUCUGGUGCUAGAUCUUUUCCUAGGCCAAGAAAUGGGACAAGCCUUCAACAAGGAGAAGCUGCAGGAGCUGAUACGUGUGACUGCUGAUCGAAGAAUUAUACACGAUAAUGAAGCCAACAUAAUCUCUGGAGCACUGCAGUUGACUACCAAGCGUGUUGAAGAUGUCAUGACUAGGAUUGAGGACGUUUACAUGCUUGAAAUUAACACUGUACUGGACUUUGAGACAAUAACAGAAAUAAUGCACCAGGGCUACACACGGAUCCCCGUGUACGAUGGGGAAAAAACCAAUAUCAUCAAUCUUUUAAACACCAAAGAGCUUGCUCUUAUUGACCCAGAUGAUAAAACCCUGGUUAGUACAGUAUGCAGAUUUUAUGAUCAUAGGCCCCUGUUUGUUGACCACGAUGUCAAGCUAGAUGCAAUGCUACAAGCAUUUCUGCAAGCUCUUGAAAUGAUAAAAUAUGAAACUAUUAAAUUUAGCUUUCAGUUUUCUAUCGCAAACUGUCCUUACCAAAUCUUCAAGAGGUCCUAUAAACAGUACACGUAUGCAUUUUACCACUGUAGACACUUUUUUACCUGUCCAUUGUCUUUGACAAAAAUUGGUUACAAACUGCUGCUUCCAUAUAGUUAUAACAUGAAAAAUAACAGUCCAAAUGAAAACUUGGAACCUGCCCAGCUUCACAGUCUCACAGUCAUGAAUGACAGUGAAAAUUGCGGUUUAGAAAUGCUUUAA